GUAUCUGUUGGCCUAUCUCCUCUUCUCUUCCAGGCUCUGUGUUGCAGCUACGCCUCUGUCCCUCCUCGGCAGCGGCAGCAGGAAUGUAGUAGUAUCUCCGCCGGCCGCGCCGCGCACCGCCUCAGCUCGCAUUUUGUGUCACGGUGCCACCGGGAGAGAGGCGACACACUGCUGCUGCUGCUGCGCGUCAGGGGGGAGAUACCAUUCUUUACGGUCAGGGCGACAUCCCUCCACGGGAAAUGACAUUUGCAAAUUGAAGUGGGAAUACAAGAUCACAACAGCAAAAAUGACGGUGGACUUUGAAGAAUGUAUCAAAGAUUCACCCAGAUUCAGGGCUGGAAUCGACGAUGUGGAGACAGACGUGGUCGAAAUCGGGGCAAAGCUCGACAAGCUGGUGAAGCUGUGCAGUGGGAUGAUCGAGGCCGGCAGGGCCUACGUCAGCGCCAAUAAGCUCUUUGUGAAUGGCAUCAGAGAUCUGUCCCACCAGUGCAAGAAGGAGGAGAUGAUAUCGGAAUGCCUUGAAAAGUGUGGAGAAAGCCUCCAGGAGAUUGUCAACUAUCAAACGAUUUUGUUUGACCAGGCUCAGAGGUCGAUCAAACAGCAGCUUCAUACCUUCAUUAAGGAGGAUGUACGUAAGUUCAAGGACACUAAGAAGCAGUUUGACCGCGUGCGUGAGGACAUGGAGCUGGCUCAGGUGAAGAAUGCGCAAGCACCUAGGAACAAGGUGCACGAAGCAGAGGAGGCCACACAGGCGCUCAUGCUCAGCCGCAAAGCCUUCAGGCACCUGGCCUUAGACUAUGUGCUUCAGAUUAAUGUCCUUCAGGCUAAGAAGAAGUUUGAAAUCCUUGAUGCAAUGCUGUCCUUCAUGCGAGCCCAGUAUACCUUGUUUCAACAAGGCUUCAACAUCUUAGAUGAGAUUGACCCCUAUAUGAAAAAGCUGGCUGCACAGUUGGAUCAGCUGGUGAUUGAUUCUGCCGUGGAGAAGAGGGAGCUGGAGCACAAACACGCUCUCAUCCAGCAGAGAACUCUGAUGCAGGAUUUUUCCUACGAUGAUCCCAAGCUGGAAUUCAAUGUUGACGCACCGAAUGGGGUAGUCAUGGAGGGUUAUCUGUUCAAGAGAGCCAGCAAUGCUUUCAAGACUUGGAACAGGCGGUGGUUUUCAAUCCAAAACAGCCAGCUGGUCUACCAAAAGAAACUUAAGGAUUCUUUGACGGUGGUGGUUGAGGAUCUAAGGCUGUGCUCAGUCAAACCAUGUGAGGAUAAUGAGAGGAGGUUCUGCUUUGAGGUGGUUUCACCCACAAAGAGCUGCAUGCUCCAAGCAGAGUCUGAGAAGCUGCGGCAGGCUUGGAUUCAGGCGGUCCAGGCAAGCAUCGCAUCUGCUUACAAAGACAUCGGCGACAACUAUUACAUUGAGCGUUUGGACCGGACGGCUUCGCCCUCCACCAGCAGCAUAGACUCUGCCAGUGAGCCCCGGGACAGGGGGGAGAGGGGGGACAAGGCGUGUCGGGGAGGGGGAGAGAGUCUCCUGCAGCGGGUGCAGAGCCUGCCAGGCAAUGAGCUGUGCAGCGACUGCGGCCAGACGGCACCAUGCUGGGCCUCGAUCAACCUGGGUGUGCUGCUCUGCAUCGAGUGCUCGGGGAUCCACAGGAGUUUAGGCGUCCAUUUCUCUAAAGUGCGCUCCCUAACGUUGGACUCAUGGGAACCAGAAUUACUCAAGCUCAUGUGUGAGUUGGGAAACACUGUGAUCAACAACAUUUACGAGGGAGCCUGUGAGGAACUGGGAGCUAAAAAACCAGGACCGUCCAGUUCAAGACAGGAGAAAGAGGCCUGGAUCAAGUUUAAAUAUGUUGAGAAACGCUUCCUGAAAAAGCUGAGUGGGGGUGAGGCACUGGUGGAGGGGGAGAGGAAGUCUCGCCCCUGGAUGGUGAAGAAAUGCCAGCGACACGGCAGUUCUGUACGGGCCCCUAACAAGGCCCGCAGGAAGUACCACCGCUACGAGCCUGGUAGCACCUCACCUGCCAACCUGACAGCAGCAGCUGCAGCAAAAUUUCGGCGGGACUCCCUGUUCUGUCCAGACGAGCUGGACUCACUGUUUUCUUACUUUGACAAUGGCUCUGGUCCACGCAGCCCUGCAGGUCUCAGCAGCGACAGCGGCCUGGGAGGAAGUACAGACGGCAGCACAGACAUCCUUGUGUUUGGCAGUGUAACGGAGGAAGAAGAGGAGUCAGAGGAGUCCUCCAGUGGGGAGGUGGAGAUUGAACAGGAAGGAUCUUCAGAUCCUGAGGAUCCCCGGGAGUUGCAUCCUGGGGCGCUGCUCUACCGCUCCUCCCGUCUCCACAAUUUGUCACUCAUGGCGGAGGCACUGGCACACGGUGCAGACGUGCAUGCCACCAAUGAAGAAGAGGAGGGAAAAACACCUCUCAUACAGGCUGUGAUCGGGGGCUCUUUGAUUGCUUGUGAGUUCUUGCUACAGAACGGCGCUGAUGUGAACCAGAGAGACAUGAGAGGCAGAGGCCCGCUCCACCAUGCUACCUACAUGGGCCACACUGGUCAGGUGUGUUUGUUUCUCAAGAGAGGAGCGUCACAGACGGAAGUGGAUGAGCAGGGUAAUGAUCCCCUCAGCAUCGCUGUCCAGGCUGCCAACGCAGACAUCGUCACACUGUUGCGACUGGCGCGGAUGAACGAGGAGAUGCGCGAGGCGGAGGCUCCACUGGGUCAACCAGGGGUUGCCACAGGCAGCAGGAAAGAUAAACUCAAGGAUGUUCGGGAUAGAGUGACAUCCCCCGUGCUGAUAUCUUUCGCGAGUUUUCUGUCCUCGCGUCUCUCCAGCCCCAGAAGUUAAGGAGAAGAAGCGUACAGUUUAGCCGUUAUCAGAAGCUGCAGUGACCACCGUCAACCACAUCUUCAUUACCUAUCUUCAGUCCCUAUGCAAUAAAAUAGAAGCAGUUGUAUGCAAUGCAUGCUACAGAACAUGACUCAAAUUGUUUGAAAGCCCAGCAUCAUGUUUUCACUCUUGUUUUUCUGUUCAGAUAGCCCAGCUUAGAUUGUUAAAGAUCCUAUGUGGCAAUAGGCUAUAAAUCAAGCUGCUGCUGAGUGCCUCUUUAUCAAUACAUGGAAUUUCAUGUCCCACUGCUUAUAUAAUUAGUUUUCUCUGUUGUGCAAAUUAAUUGGCAAACUCAUGUGCAGUGUGUGCGUGCAUGCAUUCUCUUCUUUGUUGCCAACCGUGAGUUAAGUUAGUUAAAAAAGAGGGGGGCUAGUCUGCUAUAAAAAAGGGCACUGACUAUUGUCUGCUUUUUAUAGGAAAACAGGUGAAGGAAACCAUGAUGCUACAGCAUCGCAAUUUUGAGAUUAAGUUUUGGUUGUUGGUCAUACCAAAAUCUCAGCGUUAUUUCAACAAAUUAGAAUAUUGUUAAAAAGUUCAUUUAUUUCAGUACAUCAAAAUAGUGAACCUCCAAACCCAGAAAUCAGUUUAUCUGAAAAUUUUAAUAAAAUCAUUAAAAGUUAUUUUAGCACCAGCCUAUAUAUUUAUAGGCAUAUGCUCUAAAUAUUUGGUUUGGCCUCAUUUUGCUUGAAUUACUAGAUCAUUGGGGCCUGGCAUUAAGGCUUUCAGCCUGUGGACCUGCUGAGGUGUGAUGGAAGCCCAGAUUGUUUUAAUAGUGACCUUCAGCUUGUCUGGUGUCUCUACGUUUCCUCUUGACAAUACUUCAUUGAUUCUCUGUGAUAUUUAGGUCAGGUGAGUUUGCUGGCCAAUCAAUCAUAGUGAUACCAUGGUCAUUAAAGCAGGUAUUGGCAGUGUGAGCAGGUACCAAAUCCUGCUGGAAAAUUAAAUAAGCACCCCCAUAAGGCUUGUCAGCAGAAGGAAGCAUGAAGUGUUCUUUAAUUUCCUUGUACUUGGCUGCUCUGACUUUGGAUUAAAACACAGUGGACCAACACCGAUACAUGUCAUGGAACCCCAAAUCUUCACUGACUGUGGAAACUUCAAACUGGACCUCAAGCAACUUGUCUCUCCACUCCUCAUCCAGAGUCUGGGAUCGUGAUUUUAAAAUUAGAUUAACUAUCGUCUGAAAAGAUGUCUUUGGACCACUGAACAAUGCCCGCUUUCUCCUUAACCUUCGCUUAAAAUACUUCUGAUGUCGUCACCUGUUUAGGAGUGACUUAAAAAUAAGGAAUGUAACAGUUGUAGUCUAUGUCCUGGAUAUCUCUGUUGUGGCUCUUGAAGCACUGACUCCAGCUGCAGCCCACAUCUUGUGAAUCUCCCUCAAACUCUUGAAUAGACUUUGCUGUACAAUCCUCCCAAGGCUGUGGUAAUCCCUGUUGAUUUCGCACCUUCUUCUGCCAAACCUUUUCCUUCCAUUCAACAUUCCUUUAAUAUGUUCGGAUACAGGACAAUGAACACCCACCUUCUUUAGCAAUGACCUUUUGUGGCUUUUUUUUUAGGGGCACAACAUGGUGUACCGGUAGAGUGGGCACCCUGUAAACAGAGUCUAUUCAUUCUUGACGCAGAAGUCCAGGACUUGACUCCCAACCUCAUCUCCUGCAUGUCCAAUACCUUCUCAAUUUGCCUCACUUUUCCUAUUUAAGCAGUGCGAAUAUAGGCCAGUACAUGCACAUAAUCUAAAUAAAAUGAAUCUUUUCAACUUUGGUCUUAUUCUAAUUUUAAAAAGAAUUGAAUUGUGGGGUUUGCUGAAAACUAUGAUCAUCAAAAUGAAAUGCAAAAUAUACAGUAUAUUCUGUAUGUCAGACAUUUUAUAAGAUAUGUUUAUUUUUUUAUUUAAUUACUGAAAUAAAUGUACUUUUCCAUUAAAUACUCAAAUUUAUUGCGAUAUGUACCUGUAGCUUAGUUUGCACAUAUGUGGUGUUUUAGGUGUUCUGAUAAAUUGGUCAUGGCAAUGGCAUAUUUAUUAUAAAAAGUCAAAUCAGCAGAAAUAUUUAGUUUUUCUCAGUGUGAGCAAGUUUUUGAUCUUCCCAUUAUUUCAGCUAUGAUAACUUCAAUUCAACCAUUUUGCUGCUCAUCUUUUUUGUUGGUGUCUGGAAAUAAAAAAGCGUGUUGUGGAAAUGGCUUCAUACUCUCUGUGAUGAGUUCACUAAAUGUGUUAAAAAUAAGACAUUUUGAUGUUUGUUAAACCUUAUUUUGCAUGUAAUGGUGGAAAUGAAAUAAAAUAAAGAGUAAAAAAUG